ACGUUUUUUAAUUUUGAUUACAUCUUUCAAAAGUUCGGUGUCGGUUCCCUCUUGUUGAACCAAUUCAUAUUUUCAAUUUGUUGUGUCGUCACAUAACAAUUAUGUGGUUUAAUGGGAUCGCUGCAAUGAGUGGGCAUUGAUAACGUGUCGUGUACAACUAAGCUGUAGUCAUCGUACUAUUACACACGUACUGGUUCUUAUUACUUCUUAUCGUGUCUUAUACUGUAAUUGUUUCUAUUUUUAAUUUCUUAUUGAACCAUGGAAUUACAGUGCAAGGUACAAAAUUAUGAGUGGGGGAAGUUAGGACUGGAGAGUACUGUGGCAAGAUUGCUGUCUACAGCCCACCCAGACAUUGUUAUUGAUCAAUCAAAGCCUUAUGCAGAGUUAUGGAUGGGAACUCACCCAAAUGGACCAUCAGUCAUCAUUGGUAGAGAUGUCUUACUCUCUGAUUAUAUCAAAGACAAUGUAGAUGCCAUUGGACCUGAUGUGAGAAAAAAGUUCGGAGUAUCUGUACCUUUUUUGUUCAAAAUACUGUCCAUAAGAAAAGCCCUUUCUGUACAGGCCCACCCGAAGAAGGACCAUGCCGAAGAACUCCACAAGAACUUCCCGGAUAUGUACAAGGAUCCUAACCACAAGCCAGAACUUGCCAUAGCGCUGACACCAUUUGAGGCCCUCUGUGGCUUUAGACCACUCAAUGAAAUCCAGUACUUCCUUAAAAAAUUACCAGAGAUUGCCAACAUGCUAUCGAAGGAAAGUGUGGACAAUCUGCUAGGACAUCAGGAACAAGGAGACAGUCAGGCAUUUCUAAAACCAGUGUUCCAUUCUUUGAUGACCAGUGACAAAACUGUUGUAGCUAACACCUUGAACAAUUUGCUGGAUAGAUUGAGCAAGGAAGAUGAAAGAACACAGACGAAUCUUCUCUACACAUUGGUGCAACGGCUACACACUGACUUCCCUGGUGACGUGGGAUGUUUCUCACCGUACUUCAUGAACUAUAUGGUGCUGAGACCUGGACAAGCCAUCUUCCUCAAGCCUAACUUGCCACACGCCUAUUUGAGUGGAGAUUGCAUCGAGUGCAUGGCUUGUUCAGACAACGUGGUGCGUGCAGGGCUGACUCCCAAACACAUCGACGUGCCAACCCUAGUCGAUAUGUUAGACUAUAGCAGCUAUGCACAGGAACAAUUGCUGUUUAACCCUCAGCUUGAAGACGGAAACUCUUGCAUAUGGAGACCGCCUGUACCUGAUUUUGCCGUCGUCAAAAUAAGGGUGGAAAGCGGUGACUGCUACAACACUCAGAACCGAUCGAGUCCAAGCUUGAUCAUCGUCAUUUCAGGUGAGGGCGAGGUGUGUGACACUGAGCCGAUACCAGCCAAGCCUGGAGUCGUCAUCUUCCUGAAGGCCAGUCGCCAACUAACCCUCACUCCAGUGGAAGACAGCCACCUUGAAGUCUACCAGGCAAUCUGCAAUGUCUGAUAGUUUUAAGUAUAAUGUGAAUAUUAUUAAUUAUUAUGUAUAUGUGAUUCCUGAGGCUAUUUUUACUCAUAUUCAGUUUAAAUUUUGAAGACUGCAAGCAAAAAGAAUGGCAAAAAGCAAAAAGACUUCUUUUAAGUUCUUUUUUAUUAAACUGAGAAGAUUUUUGACAUGAAAAGGGUGGUAUUUUUUUAUUAAAAACGGAUUUUUUUAUCAAACAAUUUGUGUUGAACUAUUUAAUUCAGGUUUAUGUGAGUUAUCCACGAUGAAGGUAUACAUUCGGAAGGGACUUAAAACAGCCGUGAAUGUCAGAAGUUGUCACUUGGUCACAUCACAGUUUUAUCGAGUUGAUUGUUUUUCCUAUAGAGAUUUGUAUUUGAUAUUUAGCCGACUAAACAACAGUGUUUACAAUUACAGAAUUGUAUAAAUAAAGGCUAAACCUAAAAUAAGUAAUAAUUUUCAUCACAAAGAAUAAUAUUUCUAUGACAUAAUAUUAAAUAAUCUUUAUACGUUUUCGAAUAAUAUAUUUUAUAUCUUAGUUACAUAGGCUAUGACAUGUUACGAAUUAUUUGAACAUUUUACAGGAAAUUAUUAUAAUCAAUUAUUUAAUGAAUAAAUUGAGGCGUG